UAAACCUAGUCAAUACGCGGGUAUUUUGAUUUUUACGAAACCAUUUUUCUGUCGGUACCUGUUAUUAUAAAGUAAGACUUAUAAGAUAGAAACUUGACAAACGAUGGACCUACGCUACGCAAUGACUUGAUUUUAUGAAUAAUACUCUUAGACCAAAGUUUAUAGCUUAAACAAUAUAAAAUGGAUUGCGUAACUAAAAGAUUUAAAAAUCACAAUUUAAACGUUUUGAAAACUGUCGGGAAAGGAACUUACGGAAAUGUAUAUUUAUGUGAAAAGCGCGAUACAGCAGAAUUGACAAUUGUGAAGGACAUUGAAUUAAACACUAAACUUCAGGAUCAUAAACAAGACAUAGCAAAUGAAAUAAAGAUUUUAUCUUUGUUGAAUCACUCGAAUAUUAUCAAGUUUUACGAUUGUUAUUACACUGGCAAUCAAGUGAUGAUAUCCAUGGAAUACGCCACUAGCGGGAAUCUAUCGGAAUACAUGUACCAUAGAUAUCCAAAUUUAUUGCAACAACAGGAAAUUCUUUUCUAUUUCUGUCAAAUUUUGUUGGGAGUAAAUUACAUCCACAGUCAGAAGAUAAUUCACAGAGAUUUAAAAGCAGAGAAUAUCCUUUUGACUGGUAAAAAUGGUGUUGUGGUAAAGAUAGGCGAUUUUGGCAUUUCCAAAAUGUUAGCAAGUGCCAAGAAGACAUCGACUGUAAUAGGAACUCCUUAUUAUUUGGCUCCAGAAUUAUGUGAAGGCAAACCUUAUUGUAAUAAAAGCGAUGUUUGGGCCUUAGGUUGCUUGCUUUAUGAAAUGUGCACACACAAGAGGGCUUUUGAAGCAGAGACGCUAGUGGGGCUAGUAAAAGCAAUCACGAGUGGAAAUGUGCAUCCGAUUGAUUUGACAAUAUAUGACCGAGGCAUGCAGGAUCUUGUAGACUCGAUGCUGUCUGUCUUACCAGACAAAAGACCUUCUAUCAAAGAACUAAUGGGACGAAUGGUGCUACUACCUGAUAUUUACACUGUUUAUCUAGAUGCUGGCAACGAUGAACUAUUAUAUUUAAAAGCAAGACAAUUUGUAAAAAUGUAAUUAAGAUGAUUGUAAUAUAAUAAUAAUGAAACAAAUUACUAAAUAUGGAA